AUGCCGUACGUCCCGCCGCACCGCCGAAACCAGGUCCCGGCGCCAGCUGCCGGCGCAGAGUCGCAAGGCAAGUCGCUCAGCGACCUCGACUACUCUGUCGACCGGGGCCGGGACUUGUCAGUCGACCGACUGGCCGAGGCUACCGGCUAUAAGUACAACCCAAAGGGCGCGCCGUCACGCUUCGGCUCCGCUGGCCGCAACCCGCACCGGCCGCUGGGCGAGGGCGAGGACGUGCCGGGCGGGGCGCGGCUCGACGAGGACGGCAUGGUGUACGACAUGGGCGGCGGCCAGUGCACCUAUUUCCAGGACCGGAUGCGGCAGUACCCCUUUGCGACAGAGACGGCGGGGCUCGCGCUGCUGCGCCGGCUCCUCCUGGUCAACGAGCGUGUCUUUGCCCUCUCCGACGCGCGCGUGAACGCCACCUCGGACCCCACAGAGACGGCGCGUCACGGCGAGCACCUGUACGUGAUGAAGCCGACGAUGAAGUCCGCGCCAAAGAGUGCGGGAAUGGCCCCGGGGAGGCACGGGGAAUUCCCCCCCCCUGGGUGGCAGGCGCUCUACCUGCGCCUAAAGUCCUUCCAGCGCUUCACCGAGAGCUGGGCACUCUUCGAGCGCGCCGCCGCACGAGGCGUCUUCGACCCGUGGCUGCAGCUUGACUUGGUCUCCCUCGACCUGCAGCCGUCGUGGGAGCCGUACCUGCUCGCGCUGCCAGAGCCGGCCGAGGCGGAGGCGGGUGGCGGCGGCACCACGUACCGCUUCGCGCAGUGGGAUAUCAAGGCGGGCGUCGACGCGCGCGACGCGGCGGGCGGCCCGCUCGACCUCUGCCUCGUCUCGAACGUGCUCGUCUACUGUUCCGACGAGCCGUCCGCCGCCGUGCUCGCCGCGCUGCUGGAGAGCGGCGUCAAGGCGAUCCUCCUCAAUGAACGCGGCGGCGAGCAAAAGAUGGUCGGCAUGGUCGAGCGGCACGGCGUCGUCGUCGCCAAGCUGCUCGACCAGGACUCCGCUGCCGGCCGGGACGACAGGCAGCUCGUCUUUGCGCCUGCCGGCACUUCGCUGCCGAGCCCGAGCGGAGCGCUGGCGCAUGUGUUUCCCAACGUGCCGUAUGAGGAGUCAAAGCAGAGGUAGUAGCCACCACACGUUGGGGGGAGCAGGGGGUUGACAUCCGUGAUUUUCACGCAAAAUCCACAAAAAUUACGACUCA